CCAGAGUCAAACUGUCUCUCUGAGGACAAGCUGCACUGAUCUGCACCAAUGGCCUGGAACAAACCCUCCUGUACACUCGCUGUCUCAGCUAUCUUCCUCCUCUGUGCAGCACUCUGCUCCUCGCAGGAAGGCUCAGGUAGUCAAGACAUUGGAAGAAGUCUAGGCUUUGUUCAUCCGUCGCCAAAAAACCAUUCUGAUUUGGAUGAGAGUGUCUUAGAUAAAUCAGCCAAACAUUUCCUGACCACAGCUAUUACGACAGCAGUGACCCCUGCUCUUUAUAUCAUCGUCUUUGCCUUUGGUCUCCUUGCCAAUGGGUUGGCUAUGAUCAAUCUCAUUACCAAGGUCCAACGAGUGCCUUCCACCAUCUUCCUGAUGAACUUGGCCGCAGCCGACCUUCUCCUGAUCCUGGUGCUGCCGUUCAAAAUCCAUUAUCACUUACAGGGCAACAACUGGCUCUUUGGCGAAGCGCUGUGUCGGACGAUGACCGCCUUCUUCUAUGGGAACAUGUACUGCUCCAUCCUGCUCCUCACCUUCAUCAGCAUCGACAGAUACUUUGCUCUGGUCCAUCCAUUUUUCUCUAAGCGCUUCAGAGACAAUAGGUUUGCUGUGGCUGCCUGCUCAAUGAUUUGGCUUCUUGUUGGACUCUCUGUGUUACCGUUUCUCCUCCAGAGGCAGGUGUACUCAUUCCAGGACCCAGACAUCACAACCUGCCAUGAUGUUUUGCCAAGAACCAUGCAGCAAAAUUAUUUCUUCUAUUACUUUGUAUGUUUGGUUGUGUUGGGAUUUCUCAUUCCCUGUCUUAUAACUAUAUUCUGUUAUGUAUCUGUAAUCAAAACACUGAUGAUGAAAAAUGCUAAAUAUGCCAAAGCAAUAAGGACCAUAAUUCUAGUGCUGAUAGUAUAUUUGGUUUGUUUCACUCCCAGUAAUACAAUCUUGCUCAUCCACUUCUCCCAGUAUCACCUUGCAGAGAACAACCACCUGUAUUUAUAUUAUGUGAUCUGCUUGGUACUCAGUACCUUCAACAGCUGCAUUGACCCCUUCAUAUAUUACUAUAUGUCUGAUGACUUUCGCGACAAUAUGAGAAGCAUUAUAUUUUUCAGUAAGGAGAAGAAAAGUGAGGAUUCCAGAAAAACAUUCCUUCAUACAGAUAGUACAUCAACAUCAAAAAUUAUAGCAUCUAAAUGGGAGUGUUCUAAUUGGAAAAAUUCAGAAAGGUUUGGAUCUAAAGAAAUUAUUGGGUCCAAUAGAGAAUUCAAGGAGAAGUGAAAUAAACUCAUGAAAAGACAA